AUGUUACCAUGGCUGGACACUCCGGUACUUUUGCAUUCGUCGCGCAUGAACAUGUGCAAGCUCACUCCCGCCCAAUGUGAAUAUAAAUCUGGCCAUUGGAGAUCCUGGUAUGUCGCGGACUGGGUCUAUGGGCAUGCAACUUUGUAUUUCAUGUGCGCGAUCAUCGGUGUCUUUGCAAUCCCCCACAUCCUCACCAGAAUAUGGAGGGCGGCGAAGAGAGAAAGUCCUCUGAAGAGCAAUAAGAUAUGGCAACGAGCUUUGGCUAGCACUCGGUUUCUGGGAUACAGGACAUUCUACCUUCGAGGGUUAAAUUGGUACUCUCCUGCUGUUGGUGUCAUGUUAUUAGGCCUGGCAGGGUUCGUUUACUUCAUGUCUUUGACUCUUGGGCCUAAGCCUUACUACUGGCCAAAGGAGCCAUCAUACGGAGACUCACCACCUAUUGCGACCAGAUCAGGUUGGAUGGCUCUGGCAUUACUUCCAUUCGUGAUGAUCCUUUCAUCCAAAGUCAACUGGAUCACCGUCCUCACCGGCAUCUCCCACGAGAAACUCCAAGUAUUCCACCGCUGGGCAUCCUGGACCAUGUUCGUGCUCGCCCUCGUCCACACGUUCCCUUUCAUUGUAGUGCACAUGCAAAAACACGAUAUAAUGCUACAAUGGCGCACAAGCGUAGCCUAUUGGACUGGAGUUGCAGCACUUAUCCCGCAAGCAUGGCUCAACAUAAUGUCCAUCGGACCGAUCCGCAACCGCUUCUACGAGUCUUUCAAAGCAACACACUACCUCGCAAUUAUCUUCUUCGUCUUCUUCUUAUUCAUCCACUGCGACUUUACUCUCUCAUCCUGGGAUUACUUCAUCGCGACCCUAGCCUUGUAUCUCCCGACACUGGUUUACGGAGUUGCACGCACAGUUACUCAUACAAACCCUCCACACACUGCAUCUCUUACGCUCUUGCAGGAUGGAACUUUGCAAAUCACCAUUGCGUCUCCCAUCAUCUGGUCACCGGGCCAGCAUGUAUUCCUUCGCUUCUGGUCCCUGGGCAUACACACUCUGAGCACACACCCCUUCACUAUCUGCUCAUUACCCGAUAGUGGGAGGAUGGAAUUCUACGUAAAGCCAGCUGGGGGCUUCACUGCACGAAUGGCGAAGUUAGCUGGAACCCAGGAACGGAUACCCGUUAGCAUUGACGGCCCAUACGGCGACAGCCUGACGGCGCAAAAUCUCAGCGAGAAGGACGCAGUUGUGUUGAUUGCUGGUGGAAGCGGAGCGGGGUAUUUAAUUCCUCUCCUAGAGACUCUGGUACGCGAUCCAAGGACAGGGGGCAAUGUUAAAGUCAUAAUCGCCGUUCGGCAUAGACAGAGCGUGGACUGGUUAUUCAACGCCAUGGAAGGGGUCUUGUCAUUUCAAAAAGAAAGCAAUAAUACAAAAGUAUCAGUCUCUCUUCAAAUCACAGACGACACGCCGCUCCCUACCCCUCAAGGACCAAUCCAGGACACUGUCUCUUCUUCCUCCUUAGACGCCAUCCAAGCCUCGCCAACCGACCUCGAGAAGAACAACGCGAUGAGCACAGAAACGACUGCAUAUCCGGCUAAGUUUUCGAACCAAAACGGUGUUGCUGUUGCUGUUAUCGAAGGCAGAGGACGCCCGGAUCUGAAAGCGUUGAUUCAGGCUUUUACAACUGAAGGGAGGAGCGUGGGCAUUGCUGCAUGUGGACCGGCGGGCAUGAUGCUCGAUGUGCGGAAUGCGUGUGCGGAGGCGCAGAGGGGUAUUAUUGCUGGGGAGAGGGUUGGAGAGGUGUGGUUGCACACGGAGAGUUUCUCUUGGUAG